GAUUGCGCUGUCCCUCGCCUGGUGCUGAAACGGCAGCUCUGCGUGCCGCGCGUCCCGCCCGAUUACCCCGCCACUGCAUGGCUGACAUGGAAGAAGAGCUCAAGUGCCCGGUCUGUGGCUCUUUCUACCGAGACCCCAUCAUCCUGCCGUGCUCGCACAAUGUCUGCAUGCCCUGUGCCCGCACCAUUCUGGUGCAGACUCCCGAGGCGGAGCCGCCGUCUCCCCAGGCCCGGGCCCGGGGCUCGGCCUCGGAUUACGACUACUUGGAGCUUGACAAGAUGAGCGUGUACAGCGAGGCGGACAGCGGCUACGGUUCCUACACGGGUAUCGCGCCGGCCACCCCCAGCCAGAAGUCUCCGAACGGCGUGCGGGUGUUCCCGCCGGCGCCGCUGCGCCACUCGAGCCUGACCUGCCCGCAGUGCCACCGCAGCGCGCUGCUGGAGGAGCGGGGACUCCGCGGCUUCGCCAGGAACCGCCUGCUGGAGGCCAUUGUCGGUCGCUACCAGCAAGGCCGCGCCGAGCACGCCCGCUGCCAGCUGUGCGAACUGGGCUCGCAGGAAGCGGCCGUCCAUUGCGAGCAGUGCGACGUGUUCUACUGCGAGCCAUGCCAGCGGCGCUGCCACCCGGCCCGGGGAGCAUUGGCCAAGCACCAGCUCAUCCCGGCCGGCCAGGCCCGUGCCCCUGCCCCCACCAAGAAACAACAGCCGCCCCGCAAGCUCUCCACCUGCACCGAGCACGAACUGGAGAACCACAGCAUGUACUGCGCCAGUUGCAAGAUCCCCGUGUGCUACCAGUGCCUGGAAGCUGGGAAACACAGCAAGCACGAAGUCAAGGCACUGGGAGCCAUGUGGAAACAACACAAGGCUCAGCUGUCUCAAGCAUUAAACGGUGUGUCUGACAAAGCAAAGGAGGCCAAAGAGUUUUUGAUUCAUUUGAAAAAUAUGGUCCAAUUAAUUCAGGAGAAUGGUGUGGAAGUUGAGGCAUGCCUUGUGGCACAAUGUGAUGCACUUGUUGAUGCAUUAAAUCGCCAGAAAGCCAAGUUACUUACUAGAGUUACCAAGGAGCGGGAGUUUAAAUUAAAGGUUGUUCGGGAACAGAUAAGCCACUGCACAUUGAAACUUCGCCAGACAACUGGUCUCAUGGAGUAUUGCCUGGAAGUAUUAAAAGACAAUGAUCCCAGUGGAUUUCUACAGAUUUCAGAUGCUUUAAUUAAACGCGUUCACGUAUCUCAGGAGCAGUGGGUCAAAGGAGCUUUAGAAGCCAAAAUAAAUCCUGAAUUUGACCUGACGCUCGACAAUGGCCCAUUACUACAGUCAAUCCACCAACUUGAUUUUAUUCAAAUGAAAAUUCCUUCUGCAGUACCACCUGCACCAAUACUACAAGUGGAGAAAUGUUGUACUAACAACAACAAUGCCACACUUGCGUGGAAGGCUCCUCCACUCAACCAGACACAGAUCGAAGGCUACAUACUAGAACUUGAUGAUGGAAAUGGUGGGCACUUUCAGGAAGUGUAUGUUGGCAAAGAAACUGUGUGCACUGUAGAUGGACUUCAGUUCAACAGUGUCUACAAUGCAAGAGUAAAAGCCUUUAAUUCAGCAGGUUUUGGACCUUACAGUAAAACAGUUGUGUUGCAGACUUCUGAGGUGGCUUGGUUCACCUUUGAUCCCACCUCUGCCCAUCCGGAUAUCCUUCUGUCUAAUGAUAACCUGACUGUUACGUGUAAUAGCUACGAUGAUCGUGUUGUGCUAGGAUCUGUUGCAUUCUCCAAAGGAAUCCAUUACUGGGAACUGUCUAUUGAUCGUUAUGACAACCACCCUGACCCUGCCUUUGGAGUGGCAAGAAUUAAUUUAGUAAAAGAUAUGAUGCUAGGCAAGGAUGAUAAGGCAUGGGCCAUGUAUGUCGACAACAACCGCAGUUGGUUUAUGCAUGGCAAUUCCCACACAAAUAGGACAGAAGGUGGGAUUUGUAAAGGUACAACAGUCGGUGUUCUCCUGGACCUAAGCAAGCAUAUCCUUUCAUUUCACAUCAACAAUGUUCAGCAAGGCCCUGUAGCCUUUGAAAAUUUGGAAGGCAUCUUUGUGCCUGCUAUCAGCAUUAAUAGGAAUGUUCAGGUAACUCUUCAUACAGGACUGGAAGUUCCAAAUCAUAUCAAACAAGGAAAAUCCUUGUCAUCCAGUAGCCCCAACAGCAAGUCUAUGUAUUGACUACCAACACAGUGGCAAACUAUCCAAGUAUAUUACGUUUGUUCUGAAACUCCUGAUCCCAUACAUAGCAAAUCAAUUAGGAAACCUUAAAAGAACUAUAAUUUUUGCAGUUGCAACUAAACCUCAGUUACAUUACACAAACAUAACAAGACACAAAAGAACAUCUUGCAUUAAUGUAAAAUUCAAAAAUAUUUUCACUACUAACACUCCUUAGUCAAAUGGAUGCCAAUGUUUGUGUUAGCAAAGUUGAGGGAAUUAUAAACAAACAGAAACUCCAGUUUCACUUUGUAGAUAGCAGUUAAGCAGCAACCUCUUAACUGUUACCUUUUUAUAAAAAAUGUACCUCAGAUUUUGAGAUCAUAAUGUUAACUUUUAGGUGUACCACAUAAAAACAGUUUGAUGUGUUUGGAUGAAAUCUUCAUCUGUGAAAGGGAAUUAAACUUCCUUUUAGCAGUAAGAGACAUUGUUUAUAUUAAUUUUCCUCAUUCCUCAAAAUCUGCUUCCCUGGAACCUGUUUUCCUCACUGACAAUUGACAAAUGCUGAACAAAAUAAAUCACAAAUAUUUAGAUAAUGGACAAGCCUGAGACACUAACAUUUGUCCUGGUAUUAAUUGUUAAACUGCAAAUCCUUCCAUAUGUCUUUGCCAAGCAGCAACAGCAGGAGAGUCUUCUGGUCAACCAAAACCAUGUGGUAGCUGUAGCUCAACAGCUAUAUGUUAGUCAUGUUAAAAACACUCACUAUGCAGUCUCUUGUCACAAGCUGUACUCUGUGGCAAACAUUCUUCACAUUUUAAAGAAUUGUUGAUAUUUAUGAUUUAAUCCUGAAUAGGGAUGGAGAGCCUCUGGGAAGUCCUGUCAUUCUGUAAAAUGGCAGUGUCCUGGCAUGCUGCCCAUUGGCCAAGAAGCAGAUGGUUAAUCAGUUUGUCAUAACAAGCAAUGCAUCUGGGAUUUGCUGAAUGCAUCUGUACAUAGUUAAUUCAUAGCAGCUAAUGAUGUCCCAGUGACUCCCCAGUCCCAUGGGGAGAUGGGACAGUUGUGGAAUAAUCAGAAAUUAUGUUUUCCAGAACUGUUUGGAGUAAAGUUUUAAUUUCAGCAGGCAGUUCGUGAUGUGCUUCUCCAAAUUUUCAUUUAAUGAUUAGGAACAAUAAAUAAUCAAAAAAGUUAUUUUCUCAUUAUCUCCAGUACAAUGGUAAUAUUUUAAAAUAUUGUGAUUUUGUUCGCAGGAUUAUGUUUCUAAAGAUAAAUAGUCUGCACCUCUCCCAUGUAAACCAUGAGAUAGUUAUUUCAACAUUUACCAGUACAGAGAUGAAUGCAGUUUAAAUUAACAAAUUAAAUUAAAUUCAUUCUAGUCUUGACUGACAGUCAUUGAUCUUUAUUCAUUUAUCUAAUUAUUGAAGAACUAUUUCCUUCUUUGCCUUGGAAUUAGCCAGUGUAAGUAUUUUCAUAUAUUUACUUAAUCAACAUAUUCAAAAAUGUUAUUAUACACCUCUGGAGUAGGUGAGACUUGAAGCCAGAUCUCCUAGUUUGGAAGAAUUGCCACUACCAGUGCCCCACAAGAGCCCUUCGUUAAUAUUUCCAUUGUGGAAGAUAUUGAUCUGAUGCAGCUGAAUGGGUUAAAGAGGGACAUGCAAAAGAGAAAAUUGACUUGUGCUGCUGCUGAGCAUUUUCUCAUGACUAACUGCAGAACACAAUUACCAAAAACCUUAGCCUAUCUCUAUCCUCUCUUGAUCCAAGAAUGAUCAAAAAGAUCUUUAUCAAAUUUAAAAUUAAAAUAUUGAAACAUUCUGGCAUCUACAUUAGUGCACUUGUUUCUUUUUCAGUUUAAUACAUGAAGUAUUUACAAUACAGGAAGAAAAUUUACGCAAAACAGUAUGCAAGCAAACACUUGCAAAUCUGUACGAUGUAAACUAAAUGUUGAAGGUUGUAAAUUUAAUAGGUCUGUUUUGUGAUAGUGUCUGUUUUGCUAAUCUAGUAUGCUUUGAAAGGUAAAUUGAUGGUGGUGGCAGACACACAAAGUGUUUAAAGUGCUGUGGAAGGCUGUUGCUUUGCAUGUAUAGUUGAACAAAAUUUGCCAAUGUUUCCUUGAUUAUGCACUUCGGCGCUCUUUAUUUUAGUGAUGUUCAAAACUUAGACAAAAGUUUUAGAUAGCAUUUUAAAAUUUUAUAUUUAACAUAAUUCACCAAGAUGAUCAUCAGACCUUUGUGUAGUAAUAACAAUAAGUAGUAGUAAUAGCCAAUGACACCAAAGCAUUAGCAUUACCAGUCUUAUUUUACAAUAGGUCUGCACUCUAAAAGGCUGAGGGGCAGAAUCUCCACAAAGACCCUCACCAUAUCCUGCAAGAGAUCAAUGGAGAAUCUGGAGAAAGAGCAGGCAGACACAUGCAAAAGUUGAGGCAGGAGAUUAGGAAAUCUUUGUGACGUGUACCGUUCCUUGACCAGCAUCCCCCAGCCAGACACACACACCACAUAGAGGUGUGCACAGAUGCCUUCCCCCCGCCACCCACCAAGGUCUUACCAAUUCUUCCUUUGCCAGAAGAUGCAGCUACACCUUGGGGGAAGUCCAAGUCUUUGGGCUUGAUAACCAGAUAACUGCCUUACCUUUGAAGUUUUGUAUGUGUUUAGAGGAUCCUAUACUUAAGAGACAUCUUUACAUGUGGGAAAUGUCAUACCUUUGAUGGACAGUGUUAAUUCCUAAUCCUUGUGAGUCAAACUGCAGAAUUCUUCUGACAUGAUUUGAUUGGCUAUUUUAUUGAAAACAGAAAUGCUGCACUUUAAUCUUUAUGAUGCCAACAGACUGCACCUUGUAAAUCAAUUUAUUAAUAGCUUUGAGCUAAAAGAUUGAAGUGUAUAUUCUUCUUAUUGAAGCAAUUCUGCUUAUUAAUUGAUGAAGAGCUGUUGAAUGAGGCUGCUAGCUUGCACAAUGAGCUACCUUUACUAAAUUGUAAAUUCAAUCCCAGUGUUGAGCAGAUAACCCAGGCUGACAUUCCAGUCUAAAGCUGUUGGAAGUGCCAUAUUUUUGAUGAAAUUAUGACCCCAUGGCAGGGAAGUCCACACUCAACAUUCCUCAUGAAACAAGUAAAAGAAUAGAAUGAUUGGUCAAUCAUUGAUUUAAUCACAUUUUUGUGGGAUCUUGCCAUACGAGGUGGCUACUGUUUACCAACCACUGUAAUUCAAUUAUAAUUAAAUGUUAUGAUUUGUGCUAAGAUGUGAUAUAAAUGCAAAUCUUCUUAUUCAACCAACUAAAAUUGAUCCUGAGGAGUGCCCUGAACAGUAGUCACGAUGGCAUUUCGGAUUAAAAGUAGAAUACUCUGAUGUGUAAUUGAUCUGAGCUUUGUCUUACUGCAAAGCAUCACUUCUUAGGGUAUGGAAUUUCUUUAAUAAUGGCCUAGACCUCCUGCUCUGUAUCACUGUUAUGUUGUUUCAUUUGAUAGGAACAGUCCUUUCUAUUGUUUUACAUAAAAAGGGUAGCUUUUCUUAUUCCACCUGAAACAAAUUAUUCUUCCGAUCCCGAGGAUAGUUUGAGGAUCAGAGUAGAAAGAUGAAGGGUCACUUGGCUCAAGCAGUAGAAGUUCAUGAACAUCCUAGAAUUGAGCAGCAACUAUUUAAUUUUUCUUCCCAGCAAGAAGGUUUAUUGGGUGAAUUUCUGUACUUAGAAUCAGCCAAAUUUCUGACAACAUAAUUAUUGAACAUGAGCAUUCUUAGAUCAGGAUCCUUCCCCCAGAUAUUGGGUGUGCUCUGGGCAUUUCACAAGGCCUCCACUGAUGAGCCCUGUGAUAUGAAAUGGGGGAAUAUCCAUAGUGAUAUUAUUCACAUCAAGUUCCCACCCCUCCCCAACACUGUGGUGUCCCUUUCACGAGUCUGUGCUGUUCCAAAGUUUCCCUCAAAUUCACUGGUCACUUACAAGUGGAACUUGUGGCCUCUGCAAUCUGGACUCCAGGUAGUAACAGGUACCUCGCUAGUUGCUCUACAAAUGUAGCUGUACACAUAUUUGGACUGAGCAAGCAUGAACCCCUGGGCUGAUUUAUCCCAUUAGCUGCAGUCAUCCCCCUUUUCCUUAACAGCCUUAUUGGAAGUCUUCUUCGGUGUAUGAACAAUGGAAUGAAGAAUCAUAUUGGGCUGAUUUCAUCGUCGAAUGGGAGAACAUUCUCAAUCCAAUGUUCUGAAAUUUCUUAAAUUAUGGAGUAUAGUUAUUGUGCCCUUUAAUUCAAUGACAUCUCAAUGGUGAAUAUCAUAAUUAUUAGAGACAUUGUAUCCUGUAAAAACACUUUUACAGUUCAUGAAGGCAUCUGCAGUUUGAAGAAGUCAUUCCGUUCUUCAAACAUCGGAGACCAAGCUGAAAAUAUGUAGCACUUUUCAUGACCUCUAGCCUUCCCAAAGCACUUCAAGCAAUUGUUUUUGAAUUGCUCUUGCUGUUGUAAUGAAGAAAAUAUGGUAGCUAGUUUAUGCACAGCAAGUUCCCACAAGCAGCAAUGCGAUAAAUUGCAGGUCAUCUGUUUUAGGCAUAGAUCGAAGUAUAAGUAUUUGCCAAGAUAAAGCUGAAAAACCGCUUCAUACAGCUGAAUACAACAUCCUAGUUUUUAUAAAUAAGGAUUAUGGAGUAACAAAAACAAAGGGUGGUAUUAAUCUUAUCCAAAUCACUGUUUAGGCAACAGCUGGAAUAUUGCAUCCAGUUUUGGUGCCUUUAAAGAUUAACUAGGAUCAUAGCAGGGAUGGGAGGUAUUGGGUAACAGGAAUGUAUAAGAUUUUAUUUUUAUUAGAAAAUAAAUUUAAGAGGAGAACUGAGAGGAAUUUAUAAUUAUGAAAGGCUAUGCUAAAGUUAACAGUAAAAAUAAUUUCUGUGGUCUGAGUAGGUAACCAGAGGCUAAAAAAAUGAUAGGAGAAAUUUCUUUAUGCAGAAAGUUGAGAGAACAAGGAAUGUCCUAUCGGACUUGAUGGUGGAAGCAGAAACCAGAAAAAUUUUAAUGGGAAUGUGUCAAAAUUUAAAAAUAUGAAAGGUGUGGAUAUAAAUGGUGAAGGAAUUGGCACUGGAGCGAUGGGCAGAAUAUACUUUGCUGUUCUACAAUUCCAUAACUUGAAUAACUAAAUUCCUGUAAUGUCCUUAACCCUUUUAUAUAAUUUCCCUGACAUUUUGACCACACUUUUGGAAUGUAUUGAAAUUGAGAAUAUGUGAUAAAUUGAUGUGAAAUGAAUCAGUUAAACAUCAGGGCAAUUCUCUCCAAUUGUUAUUUGAAUCUUCCCUUUUGAAGUUUUUUUUUGUUAAGCUAUUUUUAAAAAUAAAGCUUGUGACAAGGUUAAAAUGUGAUUUCCAACUGGCUGCAACAAAGUUAUCAGUUACUUAAGAACAGUUGUGAUGGGCUAGCAAUCCAAAGCAUUUGACAGUGGCUUCUCAUGAGAAACUUUACCACUUACUUAAAAUAAAUCUCUGAGAAUGUGAAUGCAAAAUAAUGCUGGAAUCACAAGAUGGUAGGGAUUUAAAUUUCAUUUUUCACACGGUGCAUUCAUUACCUGUAAACCUAUGGUAUUUUAAAUGCAAUUUCCUAAAAGCAGGGCUGCUAACUGUUUGUUGCAGAGUACAUAAAAUUAGAUUUUUAAACAGGUAAAUGGUCAAGUUUUUAAUAUUACAAGUUAUUUUGUAACAAUCUGUUUUGAAUGUAUUGUUAUAAAUUAUGAGUGGACCAUUUUAGUAUUUAUGACUAUUUUUAAUCAAUAUUAACUGUUUUAAAAAAAAAGUGCACUAUGCAGCACAAUAAACAGCACUAACAGGUACAGUGACAUUGUUUACGAGCUGAACCACUGCUAGCCUUUAUAAUGGCGAUAAGUACGCACUUCUGAAAGUUUACUAUAUAAUUUAAUAAACUCAAAUUAUAAAAAUUGUAAAAACUGUUUGUAUGACAGUGUUGCAGUUUUAAACAAAUACAUCUGGGAUCUUCAAAUUUUUAAAGUUUUAAUUAAUUUGAUUCUUUUCAAUCACAGUUCUGGCAAUGGCUCAAAAUGAAUUGAAGAGGAUAUUUCAAUUUUAUUCAAAUGCAUUCUCAUGAGUGAAAGUUCAGAAAUUAUAUUAACAAAUUUGACUCUGAACUUUCAUCACUUGUCAUUUUCUCUUUUUUUGAUGUGCACCUUAAGCAUUUGAUUGUUAGCUGGUUAGUUGUUGUUACUUGAUUAAAAUUUCAGAUUUUGGAAAGGAGUAUGUUUAAUUUAACAUUUAUAUGUGCUGAUUACUAAUGUAUGUUUGGUGAGAUGUUUCCAUUUUUAAGCUAUGUUUGAUAGCAAGCUAAUCACAGAAUCAGAAAAUAUCUAUUCAUUACAAGUUUGAACAGUAUCAGGUUUCAGAUUCAGUGGAAUUGCUGGCAACUUUUCCCUGGUUUUGCGUAUUGGCCUUGAGCAAAAAGAGAACUACAAGUGUUAAAACUACACGACACAACCAUAUUUAGAAAUGUUGGUUUUAAAAAAACCCUCAAAAUCACUGCAUUCUGUAUAAGACGGGAUGCAGUAAAAUCCUUCAGAAAUUUUCCAACUGGCACAGCAAUUUAUCUGCUGAAUGCAGAACUUGCACAGAUGUUUUGCUGAAACUCACCACAUGCUUCAUUUGAAGUAAUUCCAAAUGUUCCUCAAGAAGUAACAAAUAAGUAAUCUUUGUUGCCAAUGUAAACACAGUGACCUUGAAGAUUCUUAAAAGGUGCAAAUCUUUCUUAGAAGUACUAGAUUGUGUUCUUAACUCAAAUGUUUGAUAUUCAUUACCCAUAAUCCCAUGCCCCAUACACUGCAGCUACUUCAAGUCAUUUACUUUUCAGAAUUACAUUUAUUAGAUGAUUUAAUUCGGCCCAUUUUGACAAAAGUUUAUACUUUUCUCUCAAACUGGGAGUUGAUAAGCACAGUGGCUGUGAAAGAGUCAUCGACCAGUACAUACAAAUGCUUCUCACAAUCAACUAUAUGGAUGUACUAUUUCCAUAUUUCAUUUAUUAAAAUGGUCAGUAAGUUAAGCACACUCACAUUCAACUUACUUUUAACCAUUUCUGAAUUGGGGUGUAUUUUAAACAAAAUACUCAUGAAAACAAUUAGUUUUGUGCAAGUUAAUUUUCACCUCCGUCUUGGAAACCAGGGUGUGUAGUUACAGAAUUAAUUUGCAGUCAUUGGUGCAAAAGCCUCUUGUGCAAAUAACACCUGAGCACACUGGUAAAUUCAUGAAAUACUCUGCCCUGGCACAAAUGGAAAUUCCUAAAACUGGGCACAAUAUUUGUUUUUAUUUUUUAAUUACUUUACUGUAUUAAGUUUUAUAUUUUGUCCUCAUCAACUUGGGAAUUAUCCAGGUCAUACUGAAGCUCAAAACCGAGGAGCUGUCCCGACUAAUGGUUCUGACUACUACAUUGAAAUCCCCUUAAAUGUAAAUCCAGUCAUCAGGAACUUCUGCGGCUGGUCCGCUGAUUGGAUUCUGUGUGACUAGUGGCUAUUUCCUCAGAACUCAAACUUUUUUGUGUGUGCUGGAUAAUUUUGGUAUUUUGUGUUUUAUACUUGGUAUUAUUAUUGUCUGCUCACUGCUCUCAAACUUGGUAUUGCAUAAGUACUGAAUGUCUGUCCUGUGUAUUUAUAAGUUGCAUGUUCAUAAAUUGUGAUGUGCCAGAAAUGGUGUUGUGUAGUCAAUGUAAAUGUUAUUUGAAUAAAUCUGGUUGUUACAAUUUACAUUACAAAAUUCAUUUGAGAUUCUUUCCUGC